AUGGACCUGAGCAACUCCGUGUCAGCGUAUGAGGAAGCUAGCUACAAGCCUUCGUCGAACAGCCGGCACGUCGUGCUCUGUGGUGAUCUCACUGCUUCGCGCAUCUGUCACUUCUUUCAUGAGAUCUUUCACAACGACCACGAUUUCGCUGGCAUUCACGCAGUUGUACUAAGUGAGGACCCUCCAGCCACGUCGCUUAAAGCGCUGCUUUUGGACCCAUUCUUUGCGAAGCGCGUGUGGUUUCUUCAGGGAUCGCUGCUUGAUAUUGACGAUGCGAAGCGUGCGGCGUGUGACUCUGCAGACGCCAUUUUCAUUUUGACGAACCGUGUGGGUGACGAAAAAGUUUCUGUCAGCGAUCACCGUACUUUGAUGCGUGUGCUUGCGGCUAAACGCCAGGCCCCGAAGGUGCACAUUUUUGCACAGCUUCAUCGAUCCGUUCACUGUCAGUUGGUCCGUGACAUGGGUGUUCAGAACGUGUUAUGCCUCUCAGAAGUUGUGAUGUCUUUGCUUGGUCAAAACUGUAUAUGUCCUGGAUUUUCGACCUUCAUGUAUAGCCUCACGUCGACCUCGAGUUUUGAUGGCGACAACAAUGAUGGUAUUCGAAGCGAUGCCAAGCGUGCGAACCGUUCUACAGCUAUUAACAACGGCGAGGGUUCUUGGGCCGACCGAUACUUGCUCGGAGCGAGCCACGAAGUUUAUGUGGUGGAAUUGCCACCGGCAUCUGUGAUUGCAGGAAAAACCUUUUCCGAAUUGGCUUCUCUCGCUUAUUCCCAUUGCAGUGGAAUCAUUGUUUUUGCCAUCGCAGGAGACCACAAAGGCAAAGUGGUUCUUAACCCGGGCGAUUCGUACGCUUGCGUGGGCGGCGAGACGGCUUACGUGAUUGCUCAGACCCAGGCCAAUGCCAGCGCACUAACAGAACUAUCGCCAAAUGUGUCGAUGCCGCUGGCAUGGCGAGAAAUGCAAGUUUCGUCUUCUUCGUCAUUUACACGCAGCAUAACUGGUGGUAGUGAUGGUCACGAUGCCGACGCUUUUGUCAAACGGCACGAAGCGCGUUUUGUGCACUGGCAGGUCGGAGACGAUGAAAAACUCGAGCCUGAAGAGGACACUGAAGAGCAGGAAGCAAAGGUUGAGACGCCUCAUCUUGCCACGAAUUACUCGAAGUGCGCGAAAGACGCUGCUAUCGAUGACAUAAAGGAGCUUAGAUUAGAAGUUGCUCCCAUCGUGAUCUGUAUGAUCACAGCAUCAGCUUUUGUCAAUGACCUAGAGCAUCUCCUUGGACCUCUCCGCACUCGCUCUUUGAAACAGUACCAUCCGGUGGUGAUCCUGACAGCGAAGCUCCCCGCUGACGAUAUUUACGAUGGUUUCCGCCACUUCUCUGAUGUCCAUUUCGUCGUCGGUGACCCAUAUCGACACCAAACCUUGUACAGGGCAGGCGUUUUGGAUGCUCAUCGCGUGUUAAUUCUAAGUACCUCCACGUCUACGUCAGACAAUGGCUCUGAAUUGCUUCAGGAUGCGGAAUCUAUCGCGUUCCACAAGUUUAUUACAAGCUUUAUCGGUGUGAAGAAGGCGCCGCGCGUUAUUACAGAGGUGGGGAAUCGCGCUAGUGUGCAUUUCAUAGCGCAGAACUUGUUGGCGAACGGCUGGUUUCCUGGUCCGGACGGUGAGAAUGAGCUUACGGUUUUUUCCUCGACGGAGACAUUCUCGCGCAAUUUUUUCCUCUCGCCAGCAUUUACGUCUGGCCUGACAUAUAGCACAUCGCUGUGUGACAGUCUGCUGAUCAACCAGUUUUUCAACAGGCAGAUCAAAAAGAUCUUGGGCGAGUUUAUGUUCACAUCCCGAGCGAGCGACGCCUGGGCCGCUUUGCGUGGAGACAAGUCGAAAACAGGGACCCAGCGCAGCUCUCUCUUCGCUGUGGAAGUACCGCUAGACUUUGUCGGUCGCUCGUUUGAGUUUGCCUUUCAUUACCUGCUGUCAUCGGAUGACAUCUUGGUGAUUGGACUUUAUCGCUGCCAUGCGUACAUGGACGCUACGACUGAGCGAGAGCCCAAGGCACGUGUUGAAGUACCUGAGAGAGACCGCAGUGUGCCUUUUGGCUAUGUGUACGUGAACCCGCAGCCCUUUGAAGUCAUCUCGGGCAACGAUUUGCUUUACGUUCUAUCAGACAAGCAGCCCUGCUGGGCCGACAUAUAA